ACCGCAGCCUCAACAACAAAUAAUGUCCGACAGAGAUUCCGCGGGGGAGGGUCCCUCCAGCCUGAAUAAGCGAAAGAGAUGUAUCAGCGAUGCGCCUCCGCCACGACCCUCACCCGCCCGGACUCCAAAGGAUGCCGUGGGUACGAUAUCUCUCCCCCGAUCCCUGAGCAUAGAUUUCCGUAACUGACCUCGCCCCAGAGACUUCCUCGGACGAAGACAUAGGGCCCGCCUUGCCCCCAGCCGGUGGGUCAAAAAAGAAGAAGAAGCGACGAGCCCUUCCCCAUGAGAAACUCUACCUCUCGGCAAUACCAUCCUCGCCGCGAUACUCCAAGUCCUUGAUGCACCGAGAUAACCUUAGCUUCGUGACAAUGACACCGUUUACGGAUUUUCUGAUUACAGCAAGUGUGGAUGGUGUUGUCAAGUUCUGGAAGAAGGUGGCUGUGGGGAUUGAGUUCGUGAAGAUGUUCCGCGCACACACAGCGGAUAUUGUGAGCGUCAGUGCUAGCACCGAUGGACGAUGCUUUGCCACGGCCGGAGCUGACAAUAGGGUUGCGGUUUUUGACGUGGAUACUUUCGGUGCGUUCUACCUUUCCAGUGGGCUUAAAGGGUCAGUGCUGACAGGGAGGGUUCAGAUCUUUUGACAACUCUUACGCUGCCAAAUACCCCACGAGCCAUCUGUUGGGUCCAUAAACGCGGAUCUUCAUUGCCACUGCUAGCGAUUUCAGACACUGAGACUACAGCGAUUAAUAUCUACGACGGCCGGCCAGAGGGUAUGACUGUUCUCGCGACAUUACCGAAACUCCAUAGAUCUAUCGUUCAUCUAAUGUCUUUCAAUGACAAGUACGACACUGUGGUGUCGUGUGAUGAAGGUGGAAUGAUAGAAUACUGGAGCCCACAUUCCGAACGUGAAUUUGAAAAGCCAUCCUCACUUUUCGUGUACAAAUCCGAUACCAACCUCCUGGACUUCAAGAGGGCCAAAUCAGUACCUUCCUCACUAACGAUAUCCCCAACCUUUGAACAAUUCGCUACGUUCUCGCUUCCAGACCGCCAAAUCCGCGUCUUCGACUUCUCCUCGGCAAAGCUCCACAGAACAUACGACGAGUCUAUCAGCACCCUGACCACAAUCCAGCAAGCAGCCUCCUCAGAACGAAAGCUCCCUGAUCUAGAAUUCGGCCGUCGCAUAGCUAUAGAAACCGACCUAACCUCGUUGUCCUCCCUCACAAAACAAAACAUAAUCUUUGACGAAUCCGGCUACUUUAUAAUCUACGGAUCCCUCGCGGGUAUUAAAAUCCUAAACACGACCACAAAUAGCCUACCUCGUCUCCUCUCGGCCGAAGAAGGAAUCCGGCCAAUGCACCUAGCAAUCUAUCAAGGCGCCCCGAAGAAGAAAACCCUAAUGACCGUAGAAAUGGCCGCAUCCGCGAACCCGCUUCUCAACGAAUCCGCCGAACGAGACCCUAUGAUCAUCUGCACAGCCUAUCAAAAACCUCGCUUCUAUAUCUUCACCAACGACUCCAACGCUUCAAAGUCCGAGCGCGAUGUCCUAAACGAGAAGCCAAUCCAGGCGAGCCAGGCGAGCGCUGGCCCCGCCGCUGCAACGGCAAAGCAGGAAAGCGGCCAGGCGGCGAUAAUACACACCUCUCUCGGCGACAUCCACGUAAGACUAUUCCCGGAGGCUGCGCCAAAAACCGUGGAGAACUUUGUCACGCAUGCCAGGAGCCAGUAUUACAACGGAACCAUAUUCCACCGUGUCAUCAAGAAGUUUAUGAUACAGGGCGGCGAUCCACUCGGUGACGGCACCGGUGGCGAAUCGAUCUGGAGUGGGGAAUUUGAGGACGAGUUUUCCACACUUAAGCAUGAUAAGCCGUAUACACUGUCCAUGGCCAACGCCGGCCCAAGUAUGUCCCUUCCUUCCUUCCUUCCUCCCUUUCUCCGAAUAUUGUUUUAGCUAACAGUCCGUAGACACAAACGGCUCACAAUUCUUCAUUACCACGGAGAAGACACCCUGGCUUGACAACCGCCAUACCAUCUUCGGAAGAGCCACGCAAGGGCUGGACGUCGUGCACAAGAUCGAGAAUGUACGCACAUUCAAGGAGAAGCCGGAGGAUGAUGUGAAGAUUAUCAGCAUCACUGUGCUAUAGCUUCCAUAGUUGGCGUCGGGCCGUUUCCGUAUGUAAAAUUUGACAGUGUGGUAGUAUUAUCUUAUGUACGAUAUAAUAGAUAGAAGUCAAUAUCUUCUACUUUCACGAGAUAUCACUCGGUAUGAGAAACCUGUAAAAGCGUUGCAGUAGUGGCCGGAUGGCACAUCCCGUAAUUAACACACCAACCGACCAAAUUUCCUCACAACGACAAACGC